UCGGCGGUUUCCUUUUUUUGUGUAUGUGUUUCUUUCCUCUCCUCCAUCAGCCAUCCUGUUAUCAGAAGCGUACUGGCAAGCAAGCAGCUCCUCUUUAGCCGCAGAGGCAGCAGAAGCAGCAGUUAUCGCAUCGGACCUGCAAGGACUCGAGCGGCGUCCUGCACCUGCGUGUGUCCAGAGCGGCGUAGAUGUCCUCAAGACCAUACAAGAGGACACGUCUCUGGAAGGCUCGAGAAAGACGCUGAGUCAGCGACCAAGGAGUUAACCAUGAAACUGGAUGCUAUGAGAUAUUCCGCGUGACCCUGUUCAGUGUUCUUCCACGAGGUCUGCUGCGGGCUUCUACAAGCUGCCAGUGGAUUCUUGUGUGCCCACAUUUUAACCGUUCAUGCAUCGAGUAUGGUUCUUGGCAUCGCUGUGGGGUGUGGCGGUGACGGUGAUUGCAGAGACUACCACGACUGCUCUGCCUCCGUGCGACGUCAAUGGCACCGCUUCGCACGACAUCACCGUCCGGAACGGGUCUACCUUCGAGAUGACGUGCCUCCUCACGCGAUGGCCAGGCAACGAACACUACGAGAUAGGCAUGCUGCGCUCACGGUACGACGUGGUGCCGGCAUCGCAGAUACGGCGGCAGAACGACACCAGCGCCACCUGGACCCGACCCGACGUGCAGGCGAGCGACUCGGGCACCUACUACUGCUCCGUCAAAGGGUCGGCCUGCGAGUCUGUCUUCAGCGCCACAGCGCUCCUUGUCGGGUACGCACCUCUGGAGCCGUCCGGUGAAGGUUGCUCAGGCGACCAUUUCGAGACAUUUCAGUGCUCAUGGCGAACGCAGGACCACUAUAUACGCACAAGACACGAAGUGUUCUUACGAGUUGGAAACAGCGACGUCUACAGCCUGAUUCCCUGCAAUAUGACCGAUCAGACUGAGUCUCAAGACCUAACCUGUCGUCUGACAACCUCGGGGAAGACCAUCUACAGAAUAGAAGAACCGGCUCUGCACUUUGAAGUCAUCGCCAGCAACGCGUACGGAACUGCCAAGUGGACCUAUGACGUGGACCAUUUUGCUCACGUGAGACUUCCUGCCCCGAGCUUACUAGGAUGCCACUCAGAAACGGACAAAAUCAGCAUCUCUUGGACGAGCUUUCCCAAAAUCUCGACGUUCCCGGAUAUCUUGUACGAGGUGCGGCUUAAAUAUGACUCGAAAGAAGAGCGCGAGCUAACGAUAAACAACUCCGACAAAGUCGUGGUCGGAGGGCUAAUCCCAAACACCGUGUACAAUGUCUCGGUGCGAAUGAAGUUUGCCAAGGCGAGUGCUGAACUCUGGGGUUUUUACAGCGAGACCCUGCAAUGCAAAACAAAAAAAACGAUACCAACCGCUCUCCCAAAGGUCGCUGAAAACGGAUUUAUGAUCCAGGACUUCAAAGACACCCGCAAAGUCCGGCUUUUUUAUCAGAGCGUGGCCAGGUCCCUUUGGAACGGUGACAGGAUGAGCUACGUGCUUCACUGGUGCAGCAGCCGGGGUGAGUGCGCCUCGCACAAGGUGACCGGCGAGCGGACGCACGUCGACCUCUUCAACCUGAGUCGCGUCGAGAGCUACACCUUUCGGCUCUUCUCCGAGAACGAUGUAGGACGGUCGCUUCGCAGCGUGAACGUACUCCUCCCGAGCUCCGACCACGUGAUGCCAUCGGUCCAAGACGCCUACGUGAGCGAAGUCAAAAGCCUGAACCCGACCUUCACUCUGGCUCCGCGGACCAUGUCCGACGAGAUCCUGCACUACACGCUGUUCUGGUGCCGCGGCGUCGACGACGAGAUGGGCUCGUGCGAGAAUGACGUGUCCUGGGCUACGGUCAAGUCAUCUGGAGACGCGUGGUCGGCCGCCAGUUGCGCCAUGUCAGGACGAUGCAAGUACGGCGUGGCCACAAGGUCUGCCGAGGCUGUGUCGGCCAUGACCUGGAUCGACUGCGUCCUUCCAAACAGCCGAGAGUACCAGGACCUACUGCGAGGCGAAGACAGGGUCCAUUACGACGAAAUCACGGACUCGAGCGUUCAGGUCACUUUCCUCACCAAAUGCGCCGGACUGGUUGCCAGUCGAAUCAUUCGCUUCUGCGCCCUGCGUGGCUCGGACGAAGCUUUACUCGGCAACAGCACUGUUCCAGAAUCUGAAUUGGAAGAAUGCACCAACGGUGCUGCGGGACCGGAAAAGACGGUCUUUCUGCGAAACCUGUACCCGGAGACGACGUACCAGGUGACCAUCACGACAAUUAUGGAGGACGGUAUGAGCAUUCAACAUCGACCUGUCAGGAUCAAGACUCAAGGAAGAGGACCUACAGCGUUGGCUACUGCGGCUAUUGUCGUCGCAGCAUUGUUGGUGGCCCUCACGGUGGUCGCCGCCAUUUUUUGGAGACGAAUAUCCGUCUACAUCGAGGAAUACAAGAACACGACAGUGAAGGUUCUGAUUCCUGCCGAGUUCACGAAGGAGUCUAUUAAAAAGAGUGACAGCAUUCGUUCCAACCUGAGGGAGUAUGUACUCAACAACAAGAAUUCCCCGUACGGAAUAGCGCACGUUCUCCGGUCUCAGAAUCUACAAGAGCAAGCCGAGAAUGCCCUUCCUCCGGAAGCUGACUGUCUCCUGAAGGAUACCAGGCCUGUUAUUCCAGUCCUACCCGAGCGUUCGCUUCCAACGAGCGACAAAUACUUUAAUGAAACACCGCAGCAAACCCCUCUACUCGACACCCUUAGUCCAGGAUACUCAAUGGUGUCCUCGUUGGAGGACAAGAAUUCCGAACCCACUGGCAACGCCUACUCCAAGUUCUCAGCUCUUCAAGACCAGGAAACUGCACAAAUACCUCCUUUGGCACGUGGCUACUCUCUGUUUUCCUCCUUUGCAUUAGACAACCCUGACACAAAAUCUAUAGUAAAAGAACCUUUAAAUACGGAUGGUACGCCCGGCUACAGCAAGUUCGCGCCCUUCUUAAUGGGGGUUGAUCUAAGGUCUACAGAAAAAUGGAAUCAUGGGUUCAAUGGACAACCCUGGGGGAGAAAUGAACGUUUCUCUGUCCCCUGUGAAAUUCCUCCAUCUUAUGUGAAAGUAGCCAGCGAGGUACCAAGCCAGCCCAAAGAGUCGUCCCAGACAUACGUUAAAGUUGGCAACGAAGCGCUUCCUUUUUCAAAGGACCACCAAGGUCAGUCUCCAAAAACGCACGAAGGGUUAGACAAGCACCAAAGUUACGUCAAAGUAGGCUACGAGAUGUCACCUUGCACCAAAAACGGCAGCAACGGAACUAAGGAAGACGAUCACCAGAAGGAUUCUUCAGAACUCGAAGGAGCAUCCGAUGCUUACGUGAAAGUCGGGUAUGAUGUACAACCUGCAGUUUUUCCAGAAUCAUCUGAUUUCUGCUCCAGUGCAGUUCCAAAUAUAUUUUCCGCAUUACCACAAGACGCACCUGAUGCUUACGUUGACGCCGAACACGACGUAUCUCCUGCGCAAUUACAGAAGCCAUGCGACGGGGGCAUUCACGAAGCACAGAACAUGCCCCCCCCAGUAACGGAAGGACUGUCUAAUGCUUACGUCAAGGUAGGAUACGAUGUGGUGCCGUCCAACGAAAGUCAGAAGUCAUCACAGACAGAAAACUUAAGUCAGCAAGGCAAAAACGUUGGGAGUGAAUUUGGCGAGGCAUCGACAUCCGAUGUUCCACUCGUUUACUCGAAAGUGGGCUUGAGGGCUCAAAACCGUGACCACUUGCCUGAAAACACCGUGAAUUUCAACAAGGAUGUGUCCCUCUUGCAGAAACCUCCUCUACACAUGAUCUUCUCGGAUGAUGAAUGUCAACAUGGUUCCCCCGAGGACAUCAUGAUCUCCGACAAGGGAUUUCUUAACCCUCCUCUUGAUUUCUCGAUUUUGGAGUGCCCCAACUACAUCAACGCGGGACUCAGCAGUCCAGUCUUGGAACAUUCGAAGGACACGUGCAGAUGCUAUCCUAGUGGAGGUUACACAACAUGGGCGGCACUCGCCAAGCCACUCAAACACGGAAACAACCAUUACGUUCGUGCUGUGGACGUUAGGCCAACAUGAACCAUGCUUCGAACUCGUUCUGUGCUCAUACCAUUUCCAGGUUCAUCAUGAUGAACUAUUUCUUUUUUUUAACAAUGAAGAACCCAAUUAGAAGUCAGAAGCUUCUUACUGGUAAUAGGGCCAUCUAGAACUUUUCUGGUUGUGGAACUCGCGGGCGAGUUCUACCCAGGAGCAGCAGCCAGCAUCAGGUCUCAACUGCGUGGAGCGGAAGUGCAUGGCCGUGUCAGUUGUGCUCGUAGCUCAGUCGGCAGCAUGCUACUUCGCGGGCACAAGACUUAACCAGACUUGUGCGAUGUGCCUUUUUUUUUUACCUAGUUGUAAUUCGAAUAUUUGUUAUCGCGUAGGUCUUUGGAGUGUUGUGUCGCAUUGAACUAUAUUCAAACCGAACUAUUCAAUCCGCUCGCCGUACAUAAAGUAACCUACGUAUAACGCAAUCCCGCUCGUUAGCGUGAGAAACGCAUUUCAUUCCAUCUCGCCAUGGCAAAGGUUUGGCCAUUGUGGUUGGGGUGACACUUUUCACAACUUCACCGCCGUUUAGUCGAAAUACUUGUAAGCGCGACGAGAGGCGGACACAAAGAAGGAGACACGAACUAACGCUUGUCCAUGUUUCCUUCGUUGUGUCCAUCUCUUUUUGCGUUUGCAAGUUCCCUGGGCAUCAUGCACCAACUAGCCCAGCAACAAAUAUUGGUUAUAUAGUCUGUUGCAGGUUUAGAAUGACAGGACAAGCCCAUCCCACAAAGCUUUCUCCUCGCUGUGAUUGGUGGGUUUCUCCUCUCCACUCUCCUCCCCUGUAGCGUUUCGCUCUUCUAAAGUGGAAAGGGUGAAAGGCUUUGUGGGAGGGGUAUGUCCUGUUAUUCUCAAUUUGUAUUAGGUUAUAUUCGCUGCGUGAAUAAGUUGGGUCAUUGCUUCUUUAAUUGUAUAUUCUGGCAGUUGUUGCUUGGCGCGGUGCCAGCAACCUCAAUAACGUCACUUCUUCGUGUUCUUUUUUUUUUUUUUUUUUUUGUGCGUAAACAAAGCUUAUUUUUGGCAUGGCGAUGAAGUUUUCUGACAAAGAGACCGCACUGGUGGACUCCAUUUUUUUACGCGUACCUAUAUAAGCUGUGGCUUUGUGUGUGACGGGUAUAGGCACUCGGGAACCAAUGGUAAGGGAAUUUAACAUUUCUGAGACCCAGGUUCUCUGCAUGGGGACGCUGACAAAUACUCUGCACAGCUGCAAUGUGCAUUUUCCGUCAACGAAAUGAACUUAUUUUUUCGAAGUGUAUUUCCGAUUUCAGCAAAACGCAAGUCAUUGUGCCAUCGAUCGCCGCGUACAAGAGCGCAGAGGGCGAGCAAUCAACACUGACUCGUUUUGUUCGUGAUUCGUGAGUACCGAACACGCCGAGGUUCGCGAAUCUCUUCGAUUACAAUAAAUAGCACGCCAAAUUGUUGUUUUCAAACAAGCGCCCUGUGUAUGACAACCAGCAUGACUGCAUUCUCGCAAGCGAUCAGUUAGGACAAAGCGAGGUCGCAUGUCGAAUAUCUGAAAAACGUCGCUGCAACGGAGUGACGUGUAAGACGCGAGUUGCUGUGCAGUGUGUCUAUAGGGAAGUCGCCUAUCGCUAUAAAAGGUGGUGUCUAAUGGUAAUGACAUGCAACGAACGUGUAAAUAAAAAUAAAAUAAAUACG